AUGCACGCUCCGUGGCUGACACAGUUUGUCUUUGUGACUCUUAAUGUAUUCUUGUUGUUCGUUGUGGCGAACAAUGACUUUUGUGCAAGCGUUUUUGAAACUCAAGUUGAUUUCACUUUAUUUGAUCACGUCAUCAACAAAACUGAUGUUGCCGAUGAGUUUGAAUGUCAGCUAAAAUGUAUGGGAAACAACAGUUGCAAGUCGUUUAAUGUUCACCGCAAUGGCAAUAAUGCGAAGAAGCUUUGCGAGCUCAACAACAAAACCCGGCAGAUGAAGCCAGGUGAUUUUAAACGGAAGAAAGGAUCUACAUACUAUGGUUCAGUUCAGGGCACUUGUGAGGAUGUUUCUCGUCAGCGAAGCGGAAAAACGAAGGGCGGCCAGUGUCAUCCGAACUCCAAAGGAAAAUUGUGCCAAACACGUAAACUUGGCCAUUUUGCCGCAAAUCCUGGAAAAUCUUGCAAGCAUAUUCUUGAAUUAAAUGACUCUAAAGGAGAUGGGGAAUACUGGAUCGACCCUGAAGGCAAAGGAAACCCUUUGAAGGUCUACUGUGAUAUGAAAACUGACGGAGGAGGGUGGCUCCUUACAUCAAUGCUUGUGGUAGAUAGCUCGACCAGUCCUCCCGCUUGGUGGACCGCUGAGCCAUCAUACCGCGGGAUCAGCAAUUUCACCAAUCACAAAAUGGGUAUCACAGUUAGCGCCAUGAAAGAACUCAGAGGACACUUGUCUUUCACUCAGAUGAGAUUCCACUGCAGUAAACAACAGGGACGUACGUUCCACGUAACCACCGCCGCUAACAGCUCUGGUGAAGCUGUAGUCCAGUAUUUUAGCAAUCAGACGAACACCCUGCCAGACUCGUGUCUCUCUUUUGUUAGAAUGAAAGAUGACAACUCUUAUCUCUCCAGGGAUUGUGCCAGAUGGGGAAACGACGGAUCUUCGAGUUUCGUGGGGAAGUGGGGGCAUAAAAGCAGACAAGGCGAAACACGUUUAUACGAUCUCAUUGCAUUUGUUGCUACUCUCUAUCACUGGAAGACAACCGGAAGAAAUCGACUGUGCGACGACAGGAGCAUGCAUGGCUUUAUAAGUUUGUCAAAGGGAGAUUUUUGGAAGAUUUUUGUUCGUUAA